CAGCCGUACGUCGUUCCACUUCCACCUACCUUCCAACCUGCUCGUCAUGUCUGCAGGACAGCACGAGAGCGACGACCAUGACGCCACUGCCGCCGCGGAGGAAGGAGGGACCCUCCCUCCCCCGACGAGGCAAGGACUGUGGGUCCUGUACCGGGGCUGCUGGCUGAAGCCCCAGACGGCGGAGAGCGUCGCGGUGGUCCAAGCCCAGUUCGAGCCGCGCCCCGACGACGUCUUCCUGGCCACCUACCCCAAGUGCGGCACCACAUGGCUCAAGGCCCUCGCCUUCGCCGUCACCAACCGCCUUCGCCACGGCCACGCCGUGGGCGACAGCGGCCACCCGCUGCUCACCAACCAUCCUCAGCACCUGGUGCCGUUCCUCGAGCUGCCCGACCGCCGGCUCCACCCUCUCGCGGACGACCUCGACGCGCUGGCCUCGCCGAGGCUCCUCGCCACCCACAUGCCGCUGUCGCUGCUGGCCGCGCGCGUGGGUGCCCUCGGCUGCCGGGUCGUGUACAUGUGCCGGGAGCCCAAGGACGUGCUCGUGUCCUACUGGCACUUCGCGAGCAAGGUGCACGCGGAUUUCUCCAUGGACAUGGCGUUCGAGCUGUUCUGCGACGGGGUCUCCUCGUACGGGCCUAUCUGGGACCACAACCUUGGGUACUGGAGGCAGAGCAUGACGGAGCCCCGCAGGAUUUUGUUCCUCAAGUACGAGGACAUGAUGGCCGACCCGACCAGCCAUGUCAAGAUGCUGGCAGAGUUCCUCCGUGUUCCAUUCUCCGACGACGAGGUGCGCCGCGGAGUCGUCGAGGAGGUCGUGGAUCUAUGUAGCUUCGACAAGCUCAAGAGCCUACCGGUCAACUCGUCGGGAGUGUCUGAUCGGUUCGUCGGGGUGCCCAUCCAGAACUCAUCUUACUUCAGGACCGGCAGAGUGGGGGACUGGGCGACUCACUUCACUCAAGAAAUGGCGGAGAAGCUAGAUGCCAUUGUUGAGGAGAAGUUUAGAGGAUCUGGUCUCAGAUUCUGAAUUGUGAUUGACAUGCUUAAACAGGCGAUUGCUGGUGAAAUUGAGCCUGAGGUAUAUUAUGUUUUCUCUAAUAAUGUGAAAGACUCUACUUCUUCUUGUCUCCCUUAUCAUCUUUUUAAGUUCUAUUAUGGAAACCGCAAACCUUACAAAGUGU